AUGGUGAAUCCGCAAGGAGUGGCUCCGAGUAAAAUGCCUCUUGUACAAAAUCAGCACAAUGCUAUUUGCUGUUAUAGCAGCUAUGGACCAACAUUUGGAGGAGGGCGUGACUUACAUAUAGUGAAUAACGCUAACACAAGCGAUUCAAGUUACAGUAAUCUCGGCCACACGUAUAAGCUUCCCACCGGACAGCAGAGCACAUUCUUCACGGGAGCUCGAAAUUUUAAUGUAACAGACUACGAAGUCUUUGGAAUCUGCUAAUGACAACCGUCGCAAACAUUUGAGAGGCCAGCAGGUUAAACUUCACAAUGAUUUGAACGAUCUUCACGGUUAUAACUUUUUUUGAAAGGUUAACUUUUAUUUAUUUUUUACAUCAAAAAGCAUCAUUGUCUUCUGUCCGCAGGUAAAGCAAAGUACAAGAUUCCCGUGGAGACUCAUACUACACUCUCAGACUAUGUCUAUACGGAAAUCUUUUCAAGAAAAGUUCCACACUUCAUUAAACAUUCUGUUUUUGGAUAAAGAAAGCAAUGGAAAAACAGUAGAUUGCCUUUAAUUUGGGACUAAAGCUUUGCAUUGUUUUAGAAUAGUAUUGGGUUAUACGGAAAGCUUUCCAGUUGUCUGGCUGACGGAAAAGAAGCCGUCACAAGCACUAAUACAAAAAUCUGUUCAACACUUUCAUUUUAUCUAUAUUUUUUUUUCAUUUGUGCACUCGUUUCACCGGUGGAAAUAGCGAGGUGAAAAAAAAAAUAUUAAAAAUAGGAUUUGGUAGGCCGUUCUUUAUGAAACGUAAUAAAUAUACUGCUGACUUGUCGGUGGUGCAUUCAUGUGAAUUGUCAGACUUCCGAUUACGAUUCUUGCUUCAAGAAUUAAAUUUUAAAUUUAUGAAGCUAUUUAUCUCUUCGGAUGAAUGCUGCUUACCGCACUGAUUGGGAUUCAAAUAGCGGGCAUAAGAUAUAAUUGGUGCUACUAAAUAUGACCGCUGUUUGACGUCUCGUUGUUUUCUCAAACAUAAUAAUCUAGAAAAUAUUCGUUAAGGUCAUGUGAGGGGACAAAAUAGCAUAACGUGAACAUUCUUGCGUUCAUAGUUUUCAUGCGGAUAAGUAGCUGUAAGCGACUGGCGCAGUUCUCAGUUAAUAAAUAACAUCUAGAAAUCACGUCAAAUGAAUCAACUAAGGCAUGUUCUGAAAGUUUUAUUUCACUUAACUCUUCGCACUUGUAAAUCUUGAGAUGAGAACGCUGGCUAAAAACGUAUUUUAGAAUUGAUUUAAAUGUUUCAAACGUGUCAUGCUAUCGCAAGUCACGCAUUACUUGUUUUGUUGACAAACGACCACGCAUUUAUACCUGGUUUGAACCCGACUUGCUACUUUGAGACAGCAUUUCAACAUUUGUUGGUUCUCAGAAAAAAGGCAGGGUGAGAAAAAUUCUUAUGGAAAAUAAUUCAACAGGCAAUCAAGUUCUUGAAGACACUGAUAAUCAAAUCAGAGAAACCUGCAAGGUAUUACAACGAGAAGCAACAAGUCUUCGCCAUGAGCAGAAUUCGAAAGCUAUCGACGCCAUGUCGAAAAAAGUAGAGCACUUUCAUCUCUCGUCGAUUGUAAACCUGUAAAAUGAUAAACAAGAUGAACAAUAACUGUCAAAAACUCGUUCACGGCGAUUUGAAAGGUGGGCUAUGUCUACUUAGGGUUGACGCGUUAUUUUUAUGUUUUAGUCACGGUAAUAGGAAACAAGUUACAACAUAUUAGUUUUAUAUACAAGAGGUCUCUCUUUAGCGAAGGAGGCUCGACGUUCUUGGCGCCUAGGUCCCUCCCCCAAGCCCCUCCCCUGGAUCGGACCCUUUCAAAAGCACAUCAAUUUCAAUAUUCGAAAAAUAUCCAACCAUAUCAUUUGAGGUUUUACCCAUAUUUUCAAAAUAUUCAUUUUUUCUUAGAGGAAAAAUGUGAAAAGGGUCACUUUACCCGGUGAGACUGGUGCAUUAACCCAGCUAGAAUUGCCCAAAGUCUUAAUUUACUCACCCUUGUUGAGUAUAAUGCUUUGCCUAAGAUCGACUAAACAUUCUCUGUUUUCUGACCGACGAGUAAACGAUUACGUCUGUCAAGAGAUAUUAAGCUAUUCGAAUCACCACUUGUCUCAACACUUCGCAGCAAUCAAAAAAUCUUGUAGACAUGUAUGUUUUGCAUCUCUUCUUAAAGUUGGAACAAUGAGACGCCUGAGUAAAAUCAAUAGCAAGGAAAACUAAAACCCAAUUCACGCCAGAGCUUAAACGUGUUUUGAAAUUAUUUUUCUUAAUAGAAACUGCUUAAACCGAUGUUUGUCGGCCUUAAACUCAGCGCAUUGAAAAUACAACUGAGUUAGUGACUACUUAAAACCUAUGGGAAAACCAGCUUUGUAGUUCACCGUUUCUGAUUUUUAUUGACUUAAACCCGGUUUAAAUAAAACAUAUUUAAUUAUGGUAAAGCCGCUUUUUCAGAAAAUGUAUAGAUUUCUGAUUCCGAAAAUUAUAUAUAGAUUAUUCUUGUUCUAUAAUGCCAAUAACAAUUUUGAAGUAUCAUCUCUGACUUAAAAACAGGUGCCAGUGGGUGGGUAAGAUGCUCACAAGCGUUCUUGUUCAACAUGGUCAACCCUGGUGGACUGGAUCCAACUAGAAUACCGCUUUUAAUUGAGAGUCACGAACCUGCCAUCUACUGUAAAUCAGGCUAUGGACCGAUGUUUGGUGCAGGGCAUGACUUACAUAUAUCAGGAAAUGCAAAUAUCAAUUAUGAUAGUCACACUAUCUCAGACUGCUCGUACCAGUGUCCCACAGGACAGAAUGCUAAAACAUUCCUCGCGGGAGAAAAACAUUUUACAGUUACAGAUUACGAGGUGUUUGAACUCCACAAAUAACAAACCAAAUAUUUCCUUCCCAUGUAAGAGGCCAUAAGAAAAGCAAAAUGUCCUGAGAGCUGUAAUUUAUGUGUUUCAUAAUUAUUACUUUGCUUAAGCUGUUGAUCGAGCUUAGGGCUAACGAACACUGGUUGGACAGUCACGCUUAACUUCGAGCUUAGACUGUUCAGUUGUUGUUUAACAUGAUUAGCUGACGACUGGUCCUUGAAGGGCAACACUAAUCUCACAAUCUCCGAUGGUACGUCUGGUGAUGGACAGGGAUCUGCAGAUGAAAUCCUUCUCUCAACGAACCGCUUAAUUGUAGUUUCAACCAGUGGCUUUGGGUAUUUCAAGUUAUGAAAAACCCUUCUAAGGCGGUCACAUUCCUCGGAGAAGAAAGACCAGUCAUUACGGUGUUAAGCGUGACUGUCCAACCAGUGUUCGUUAGCCCUAAGCUCGAUCAACAGCUUAAGCAACACGAAAUUAAGCCCCCUAUUGUUAACCAACAAUGUAUCGUUUAUGAAUUUAAAUGUAACCUGUGUGAUGCAGGGUAUGUGGGCUAUACUCGUGGUCACUUAAACGAGCGCGUAGAAGGGCACACAAGGAAAUCAUCUUCUAUCUACAAACACUACCACCUCCAGCACAAUAGUGAAAUGCCUGAACGCUUGAUCGAGCAAUUCAACGUCAUCGUGAAAUGUAACGGCAAAUUUGAUUGCCUUGUUAAUGAAAUGUUGUAUAUUCGCAUGCGUAAGCCAACACUGAACGUGCAAACGGAUUCCAUCCGCGCCAAGGUGUUUGUUUGAGCCGUUCAUUCUAAUUUAUGCUAUUCUUGUACCUUUCCUUAUUUGCAUGUUUUUUAAACUAGUCUCUUGAUAAUGGAGUCACGAUGACCCCGAAACGUCGAGUAAUAAAUCUUUCCUGGUUUUUUCUAAAUCAUAGACUUAGUCUUAUUAACAUCAGGCGGUACGUACUUACAUCCAUUUUAAUAAAAAUUUGUCACAUUUAAGAAACUUUUUAGUCGUUAGUCACUUAAAAAUAGUAAAGCACAAGAUCUAAAAGCACAAUUUCUCAAAAGCUCCUUUUUAAAUCUUAGUUUAAGAAUUAAUCACUUGCGUGAGAUGCAUUGAUAGCUUUUAUAACCUGACUGAUGACUGAAGGUCGAUGUUACAUGUCUUGGUUUUUUCGGUAAUAUGGUGGUAAUUGCCACAUAAACAUUUCUUGAAGUAAAUUUAAGAUCAUUUAUAUUAAUCAGAUUGAAGUGAUGGGAUUUUUUUGGUACAAAUAAUUAUUACGGUGUCUAAUUUUUUUUUAUUUAUUUAAUUUUCAUUUGUCAUGUUGAGUCGCCAUAAUCCACCGCUAGUGGAAUCAACUCAUCUCAUAUGUGUGUCUCUUGUUUCCUUCAAACAGAAUUCGCCAUUUUAAUGUGGCACGUAUAUUAAGCGUAAUUAGGCGUAAAUAAAAAGAUAGGAAGAGUCAGACUAGAAAGACAAGGGGAGGUGACACGCUGUGACCACGCUCUGCUCGAUCUUUACGUCCUGUCUGAUCCUUUGUGAUUUUCAUGAAGAGUGUGAGUACAACUUCGCAACCAUUGUUUGGUUCCGCUACACAACGUGUUCUUGUCACGCAAUGAUUGCCUUUGCGUGACGACACGAACAAAGGCAGUCAAGUUAUGAACGUUUAUAGCUUACAUCAGUACCAAAAAGAAGAAGACCGUUAUAGAUGUAACAGCUCCAGUAAAAAAUUAGCGCGUGAAACGUGUCAGGAGACCACUGGAACAGAGCCGUGCGCUCAAAAAUGGCAUCAAGAUCUUUUCCCGUUCUUUGUCAAUCGAAGUAAAUCUUUCAAACUCCAGAUAAAAAAAAAAAUCAAAAUCUGCUUAAGAAUAUUUCAUUAUCGAAGUCUCACAAGCCAUGAAAAGAUCUCUCCCCAGCUGGUUUACGCAGCAUAUCGAAUUCUGAUUAAUUACGAGUGCGACAUAAAAUGGACCUUGCUUAAUGUAAAAUAACUUUGUACAGCCUCAUCAAUGUUAUUUUAUUUUUAGGUCUUGAUAGAUUUAAUCGCAGAUUUUGCACUUUUUGCCGAAAAAAAAAAAAGAAAAGGAAGAAGAUGAAGAGCGACAUAGAUUACAAUUAAAAAGCCAGUUACCCGUUGAUCAUGAACCCAAUUUGGGGAGGCUGAGAUAUGCUCUGGGUUUAGCCCUUGGCCUGGCUCAGUCUAGACAUCAUUCAAAAUGAACCAGCUAUCACCUUUACAGGCACGUUUUUACUCUGAAUGCGAGUAAUUUUUCUUCUCAUAAACAAAUAGUGUGGUUAUAGUCUCAAGUUGCGCCACUGCGAACAGUUUGUACUACGUCAUUUAAAAAUCACGAAAUCAAUUUUAAAAUAAGUAUGACUGCAUUCAUCAUGCUUUACGGCCAAGCGGUUGUGUCAACAGAGUUCCUUCGUUUUCAGGAUAUCGUUUGUACUUUAAGUAACCAUGAGUAAAAGAGACUCUAGGAAGGGGCAAAAACAGCAAAAACAAGGUCUGGAAGCUGCAGAAGAUCACUUCAAAGAGGCUUGCGAAAUAUUUCAGCGAGAAGCAGCUAGACUUCGCCAAGAGCAGGUAGCGAUCGACGCCAUGUCGAAGAAAUUGGAACAUGUUCACUUUUCCUCAACUAUACUGCUAAAUGUCGGGGGUUAUCGCUUCACAACAAGUCUUCAAACGCUUACCAAGGAUCAAAAUUCGAUGCUGGCAGCCAUGUUUUCCGGGAAGUUUGAAAUGAAACCUAGUGAAGACGGCGCUUUCUUCAUCGACCGAGAUGGAACUCACUUCCGGUUUAUACUUAAUUAUCUUCGCAAUGGUAAGUUGACUUUACCAGAAGGUGCAUCAUUUCUGAAAGAACUUGCAGAUGAAGCUGAGUUCUACCAGCUCCAAGGAAUUCUGGAGGAGUUGAAGCCUAAAGCACCGAAGGAUUUUGAAGAAUCAGUGAUUCUGACAAAUGAAGAGCACCGAAGCAAACUUAAUGGCUGGCUGCCUCCAUAUGAUAAAUGGCAUCUACUGUUCCGAGCAUCUCGAGAUGGCUUCACAGCUCAAGCUUUUCACGCCAAAUGUGAUAAUAAGGGACCCACGGUUACCAUUGUGAAAAGUGGGAACAAUAUUUUUGGAGGCUUCACAGAAAACCCGUGGAACAGUAAGUAAAUUAGCAGAGUGCAGACAGAAAGAACUAUCCAUUUCUUUAUUUGUCUUAUUAGUGCUAUAUCGUAGAAUCAUACACGCAUGGUUCAGUGCUGCAUCGUAGAAUCAUACACGCAUGGUUGAGUGCUAUAUCGUAGAAUCAUACACGCAUGAUUCAGUGCUGCAUCGUAGAAUCAUACACGCAUGGUUGAGUGCUAUAUCGUAGAAUCAUACACGCAUAUCUUUCAAUAAUAUUAUCAAUAUAAUAUAUUCAUACGGGGUCACAUUUAGACCAGCCCUCAUGCUUAACGAGAUUCAUAACGUUGAAAUAUUUGUUCAAAUAAAAAAAAUGUAUUAAGUUGCUGAUUCAUCUGUUCUCCCGAUACAAAAUUAACGCAUUCACAUGCGAUCAAGACAAGCCAACGAACUUGCUAUUGUCUUUAGCAAUCCAUGCAAGGAGAGAGCAAUCAAUAUUAACGACAUAGCUCCGAUUGUUUGAUUCAGUCUUAAAAUAAGUGUAGAAAAUAUACUAAGUGCCUUUUACCUUCCUUGAAAAAUCUAUUUCAAUUUUAUCAGGACGAUGAAAAUGUCCGAAAAAUGCUGUUUUCAAAAACAUGAAAUAAUUUAGCGACAGAUACAAGUAUUUCGAAAAAAAUCGAUAAAUUUCAUGCUUUUUCCAAACAGGUGAGUGGGGCUACCAUCAUUGCUCACAAUCGUUCUUGUUCAGCGUGGUGAAUCCGCAUGGAUUGGCACCAAUUAAAAUGCCACUUUUCAAAUAUGGAGAAUGUGCUGUUUACUGUGAUGGCAGCUCUGGACCAAUAUUUGGAGCAGGGCAUGACUUAUGUAUAUCUCAUGAUGCAAACAGAUCAACUGGAAGUUACAGCAAUCUCGGCAACACCUAUAAGUGUCCCACAGGACACCAAUCCACAUUCCUCACGGGAGCUCAAUAUUUCACAGUGACGGAUUACGAAGUGUUUGGAAUCCACCGGUGAUAACAAUCAAGUAAGAGGGCUUCAUGUAAAUUGUUACGAUGAUUCAAACUAUAUUUUGGUACAUGGUCAAUCUGAGCAUUAAUUGUUUUCUGGUAAUACAGCAUUCUUUCUGAAGACCAAAAAGAGCUGUAAUUGAUUAAGGUACUUUCAAUUUUGUUCCAAUUCCGACAAGUGCAAGCCAGAUGGCACAAAAAGCAGGGCGUCUUCCUAUUCACCUUUAAUAUAGACUUACACAC